AUGUUGCUGCCGCCCCGCGUCACGCGCCUGUUGGGCGCUCUACGCCUGCACGCCCCUUCAUUCCGCUCGCUUUCCUUGUCGCGCCGUGCCUGGCGCCUCGUCUCCCAGAUCGCCUUGUUCUUGGUGCUGUUUCCACCGCUGCUGCAGUGGACCAUUGCCUACCUGGUUGGCGGCGAUGUGCGGCUCUUGCCAGAGGACCUUCAGGGCGCCAAGAAUCUGCUGAUUGUCACUGCGCAUCCGGAUGAUGAGUGCCUCUUUUUCGCCCCGAGCAUACUCGGCGUCCUCGACCGGAACCGAGGCGUGCACGGCAGCCUCAUUUCCAUAUCAACCGGAAACAACUAUGGCAUUGGCGACCUGCGCAAAACAGAACUUGUUGGAUCGUGUACGGCGCUACAAAUUGACCCAGCACGCUGCCUCGCCUUGGACCAUCCUGACCUCCAAGACAAUCCUACCAAAUGGUGGGACACCACCCUCUUGCAAUCCGUUGUGCAGGAGUACAUUGACAAGUGGAACAUUGACGCAAUCAUCACGUUCGAUGAAGGUGGUGUGUCUGGUCAUAUCAACCACCGUGCCGUGAGCGCUGCCGUCCGUGAACUCGUCUCGUCUUCUCCUCCCUCUUCAAAAACGCCCGUGGCAUACAUGGUUGUCACGACGUCGCUCUGGCGCAAGUACACGUUUCUGGGCGACCUCCCCCUGACCGCGCUGCGUUUUACCUGGCGCAUUCUAGCGGCCCUUUUCUACCCUGCGCGCGUGGGCGCAACAGAGACUACGUCUGCAUUUGCCACGAGCCGCGCGCUGGUCGCCAACUCCUGGCAUCGCUACCGAGAGACACGCGAGGCGUUUCGCAACCAUAACAGCCAGUACACUUGGGAUCGCCACUUGUACAUGGUCGUCAGCCGGUACGUCUGGUUCAACGACUUGAAAAAGAUUCUGCCUUCAGCAGCCGCAGCUCCGGAAACAGGAUCAGCACCAUGA